GUCUGUCAUUGAAGACAGACUGAUCGACCGCUGAUAACAACGUAUAACAACGACGGAGUGAUGCUCAGAACUACUUACUGCGAUCUGAGUUACCGAUCCGAACAUACAUAGAUUCAGGUUUUUAGAUUUGUUUUUAUUACUAACCUUGUAUAUUUGGACAGCCCUUUUAACUAAAAUAGAUGUUCUCGGCACAACAGCAUUCAGCACCAUACAAAGUUUGCAAAAAUAUGGCUAUGUUCGUAAUAACAGGGUCGGACAAAUUUCGAACCUAAUUUCCAAGCGUCUGUUUCCCCAGUCCGAUAUCCCUCCUGGAACAUGACAUGCAGCUGUGUUAUUUUGCGCUGUGAAAAGAGUAAGACAGUGUUAUCCUCUGUUCUGAUUUUCAUUUUAACUUUCAAUUUAAUUCGAGCGAAUGCUUUUAGGUGCAAUGUGCGGACGAAUGGGAAGAAGUACGUUUCUUUUGACGCUUUUGACUACUUUUAGCAGCAUUGUCAACUCAACAUACGGAACAUGGAAGAGCAGCUUUCAUUCGAAUCGUGUGAACAACGUGGAAAAGCCGUCAUCUCAGCCUCACAUCGUCUUUAUUAUGGUCGAUGACCAAGGAUUUCGAGACGUGGGGUAUCAUGGGUCUGAAAUAAAGACCCCAACACUGGACAGACUCGCUGCAGCAGGAGUCAAACUGGAGAAUUACUAUGUGCAGCCUCUGUGUAGUCCCUCAAGGAGCCAACUGAUGACCGGCAGAUAUCAAAUCCACACUGGCCUCCAGCAUUCCAUCAUCCGACCCACUCAGCCGAAUUGCCUCCCUUUGGAGAACAUCACCCUUCCUCAGAAACUGAAGAACGCUGGGUACUCUACUCAUAUGGUGGGGAAGUGGCACCUUGGCUUCUAUAAACGCGGCUGUAUGCCUACACAGCGUGGCUUUGAUACCUUCUUUGGCUCUUUGUUGGGUAGCGGCGACUACUACAGCCAUUACAAAUGUGACAGCCCAGGAAUGUGUGGGUACGAUCUUCAUGAGGGGGAAGAAGCUGCCUGGGAGCAGGACCAUGGCAUCUAUUCCACCAUCAUGUAUACUCAAAAGGCAAUAAACAUCCUGGCAUCUCACAAUCCUAAACGGCCCAUCUUCCUUUACUUGGCCUACCAGGCUGUACACUCACCCUUGCAGGUUCCUGCCCGCUACCUUAAACGCUAUAAGUCAAUCCCAAACUUGCAUCGCCGCAAGUAUGCUGCAAUGGUCAGCUGCUUGGAUGAGGCAGUACGCAAUCUAACUCUUGCUCUCAAGCAGUAUAGCUAUUAUGACAACAUGGUUAUGGUGUACUCCUCAGACAAUGGAGGUCAACCAAUGGCAGGAGGCAGCAACUGGCCACUAAGAGGCAGUAAAGGAACUUACUGGGAAGGAGGAAUACGAGCGGUAGGGUUUGUACACAGCCCUUUACUGGUCAAAAAGGGAACUAGAAGCAGGGCUCUGAUCCAUAUUACUGAUUGGUACCCAACACUGGUGAUGCUUGGUGAAGGUACUCUAGAUGAAAACCAGAACCUUGAUGGUUAUGAUGUCUGGGAAGCCAUCAGUGAGGGACGUCCCUCACCUCGACUGGAUAUUCUCCACAACAUAGACCCUGUCUACACCAAAGCCAAGAAUGGCUCUUGGAAAGCAGGCUAUGGAAUCUGGAACACGGCCAUCCAGGCAGCACUCCGUAUAGGUGACUGGAAGCUCCUGACUGGUGUGCCAGGAUAUGGUGACUGGAUUCCACCACAGACUUUCUCCAAACUGCUGUUGGCCAAUCGUUGGCACAAUGAACGUGUGAACUGGGAUCGAGGCAAAUCUAUAUGGCUUUUCAACAUUACAGCUGAUCCAUAUGAACGAGUGGACCUUUCUCGACGAUACCCACAUGUGGUGAAGAAGAUGCUAUUCAGGCUUCUACGGUACAACAAGACAGCUGUGCCAUGCCGCUUCCCUCCCAAAGACUAUCGCUCCAAUCCUCAGUAUAAUGGGGGGGUCUGGGGUCCCUGGUACACAAAUGAUGACGAAGAUGAGGAUGAUAACCUUCUCUCAUAUGAUUUGGAACAGAUGAAGAGUUGGAAGAAAGCGAAACGAAGAGGGAAAUUCAACAGAAAGACCUGAGGUCUAUAGAAGUUUAUGUUGGCUCCCAUUUUGACUUUUGUGGUAUGA